AGUCGCCGCCGUCGCCGCCGCCUGGGUCGCCGGCCGCCCGCGCGCUGGCUCGGCCGGGGCCCGCAGUCAUGGAGGACUUCAUCGUGAUCUCGGACGACAGCGGCUCCGAGAGCUCCGGGGCGGCCCGCUCGGUCCGGCCGCGGAGGCUCCGCCGGGCCCUGUCCCGGACCCCCGGCGCGCUGCCCCGCCGGACGGUGGACUUCAUUGACUUAACUAGAGAAACAAGACCAAGGGCAAAGGAUCGCAAUGGACUCUGUGUGAUUGACCUAACAAGAACUGAGGAAGAAAAUAGACCUAUUGCCACUCUUGACUUGACUCUAGAACCAGUUGCUCCCUCCCAGAAGGAGCCAACCAGUCUUCAGACAUGUGCCAGCCUCUCCAGCAAAGAGGUGAUGGAAGGGCGGGUGGACAGAAGCUCUCGGCCUGCAGCACGAAGAAUCAUUAACAGCGAUCUUGUGGAUUUGGACCUUUUGGAAGAAACCACAUUUGAAGGUCCCCAACCCCCUACAUCCAUCAGUGGGGACUCUGUUUAUCCAGUGGAGCCAAAUUGUAGCUCAACCACUUUCAAAGGUGACCUCAGUUUCUUGGCAAGCCUACAGCUAUCUUCAGAUGUUCACUCCAUCUCCCCAACAAGCAAUAAUGGUAGCAGCAGCAAUCAAAAGGCACCCUUGCCAUGCCCACAGCAAGAUGUGCCUUGCCCACCACAAGCCUUGCCAUGUCCACUGCGAGCCUUGCCGUGCCCACUGCGAGCCUCACCAUGUCCACCACGAGCGUCCUCAUGCCCACCACGAGCCUUGUCGUGCCCAUCACAAACCAUGCAGUGCCAGUUACAAGCUAUGCCUCACCUGCCUCAAGAAGUGCCAUGCCCUCCUCAAGAUGUGCCAUGCCCUCAGAAUGUGCCAUGCCCUCAGCAGAAUAUGCCAGACCCACCUCAAGACUCAUCAUGGCGUCCUCAACACUCACCAAGCCCACCUCAAGACUCUCUGGGCCUACCUCAAGAUGUGGCACACCUACAAGAUAUGCCACAGUCACUGGGAGACAUGCCACAGCCACCAGGAGAUACGCCACAAUCACCAGGAGACGUGCCACAGUCACUGGCAGACGCGCCACAGUCACCAGCAGACAUGCCACAGUCACCAGCAGAUGUGCUACAGUCACCAGGACAUGUGCCACAGUCACCAGGAGAUGUGCCACAGUCACCAGUAAGUGUGCCACAUUCACCUAAAGAAGUCCCAUACAUACCAGGAGAUGUGCUACGUUCACCUGGAGACAUGCCACACUUGCUGGGAAACAUGCCACACUCACUUGGAGACUUGCCUCUGUUACCACAAGACAGGCUUGACUCUCCCCAAAAUGAUGUACAGAACCAUGACGCUCCCAUGGAUAUCUCAACUCCAUCCUCUCCAAGCUGCUCUCCCAGCCCACAAUCUCCACAGUCUAAAAUUUCCUUAGAGAAAGUUUCUUGGCUCUCUGCCAUGGAAACUCCAGCCAGAAAAGAGAUACCAUUCUCAGAGCCUGCCAAACCCGGGUCUGCCCAGGUACAAGCACGAACACCACAAGGUGGUUUAUACAACAGACCGUGCCUGCAUAGACUGAAGUACUUCUUACGACCUCCAGUGCAUCACCUCUUCUUCCAGACACUCAUACCAGAUAAAGACACGAGAGAGAGCAAGGGUCAAAAAUUAGAACCCAUCCCUCAUCGAAGACUAAGAAUGGUAACAAACACCAUUGAAGAAAAUUUUCCCCUGGGAACUGUGCAGUUUUUGAUGGACUUUGUGUCACCCCAGCAUUAUCCACCCAGAGAAAUUGUGGCUCAUAUCAUCCAGAAAAUCCUGCUCAGUGGCUCUGAGACCGUGGAUGUCCUAAAGGAGGCCUACAUGCUUCUCAUGAAAAUUCAACAGCUACAUCCAGCUAAUGCCAAGACAGUGGAGUGGGACUGGAAGCUGCUCACUUAUGUCAUGGAGGAAGAGGGGCAAAAUCUGCCUGGGCGAGUCCUUUUUCUGCGUUAUGUGGUCCAGACGCUGGAAGAUGACUUCCAGCAGACCCUGAGGAAGCAACGACAGCACCUGCAGCAAUCCAUUGCAAGCACUGUGCUGUCCUGUGAUAAGCAGCCCCACAAUGUCAGGGAUGUUAUCAAGUGGUUGGUCAAAGCAGUAACUGAAGACGGAUUAACUCAGCCCCCAAAUGGGAAUCAAACCUCUUCAGUAACAGGAAUCUUGAGGGGCAGCAGUAGCCACCCUUCUCCCCAGCCUACCCUGACGAAGAACACCAAUCAGCUGAUUGUGUGCCAGCUGCAGAGGAUGCUGUCCAUAGCUGUAGAGGUGGACAAGACCCCCACCUGCAGCUCCAAUAAAAUUGCUGAGAUGAUGUUUGGGUUUGUGUUGGACAUUCCUGAGAGGAGUCAAAGAGAGAUGUUCUUUACUACCAUGGAAAGCCACCUGCUGCGCUGCAAAGUGUUGGAAAUCAUAUUCCUCCACAGCUGCGAGACACCCACCCGCCUGCCCUUGUCUCUGGCCCAGGCCCUCUAUUUUCUGAACAAUUCUACAUCACUGCUCAAGUGUCAGUCGGAUAAAACCCAGUGGCAGACAUGGGAUGAGCUGGUUGAGCAUUUGCAGUUUCUGUUAUCCAGUUAUCAACAUGUUUUAAGAGAGCACUUACGGAGUUCAGUGAUUGAUAGGAAAGACUUAAUAAUCAAAAGGAUUAAGCCCAAGCCCCAGCAAGGAGAUGACAUCACAGUGGUGGACGUGGAGAAACAGAUUGAGGCCUUCCGCGGCCGCCUGAUCCAGAUGCUGGGGGAGCCACUGGUCCCGCAGCUCCAGGACAAAGUGCACUUGUUGAAGCUCCUGCUCUUCUAUACCGCAGACCUGAACCCCGACACAGAGCCCUCUCCCGAGAACUGGAGCAGCCCCUGAGGUCCUCCUAAGCACUGAACACCAAGAAUACCUCCUGAACUCUAUCUCCAACUACUUGGAAGUUGUAAAAGUAUGAAAAGUAGUUAAAAACCUUACAGGACCAAACCUAUCUUAUUUAUCUGCAGGUUAUGCUAACUUUCUCUUUAGUAAAUACCUUUUUUUGAUAAUCCUAGCCUAGCCUAUUCUCAAAUAUGGCUUACUAUACAAGGUGUAUAUAUUUUUUAAUAAAUUAUUUAUCUAUACUUUUUUUGAAAAGGUAAUACUAUAUGCACUAUAUGUUUAACAGUUCUAUUCAAGAUGUGAAAAAAACCCUCUGCUGAACAAAUCCUAGACAUCAAUGUUACGUCAUUCAAGGUACGGACAACCUGUUUCGAAAGAGAAAGAUCCGUUUCUCCCUAAUGGAACACAAACAUCCUAUAUUAGACCUUUUAUAUUGCCUAUAAAUUUGACUUUGUGGCCAGUCUAUUAAGAUCUAAUGUAAUGUGGGGGGCUAGAAACAAAAAGGAUUGAGUGUGUUACAAAAAAUUUGAUGUUAAAAGCAAUCAAUCAAUAAAAAGGCAAUGGUUUUUCAAAAUACCAAGUUUACCAUGCUUAAGUUCCAUGACUGAGUAAGCAGAAUGGAAUAACUGCUCUUAACAGGACAAAAAAACAGCUAUGCACAUUUGAGA